AUGCUUCCUCCUUGCCCGGCGCGUUUCACUACGCGCAAGGCUGCCAUCCUCGAGCUCCUCGGACGGCCCGACGACGACUACACCGAUGCAUCGCCUAAGGGAGCCAUUGAUGAGGGUAUUCGGCCAUUGAUCGAUGAGAUUAAUAAGCUGGACGGUUUUGUAACGACGAGUAGUUGUGCCGGCCGCGUGGCUGUUUUUCUUGAGGGCCGGAAGGGAGCAGCACUACCUGUGGAUGAGCGAACGGCACCAGCCACGACGGCGCCGGCAUCCACAAUCGCGUCAGCGGGCGGAAAGGGCGGCGGAGGCAAGUGGCUGUUUGUCUCGCACGAUCCGUUGGUGAAUGGCGUCGCUGCAGACAGCACAAGCCCACCACAACACAGCAACUACAGCGGCACGGACUGGGCCAACGUAUUUGGGCUGGAGAUAAAUGAGGCAGCAGUACGGGUAGACGAAAACACUGUCCAGGACGAUGUUGGGCAGGAUGAGGAGCGUCUUGUGCACUUCAAGUUUGAGCCAAUGAUCCUCCAUGUCUUAACGGCUUCUCUUGAGCAUGCCCAGCUGCUCCUACGCUGCGCAUCGGCAGCAGGGUUCCGUGAGAGCGGCGCCGUCAGCAUUGUCCCACAACCUCUUCCACUGGCAGGGAAGAGUCCUGUCGGAGCCGGCGAGGAGGAGGACGACAACCCGUCGAUGCCCAUUGUCGCUGUGAGGUCCAUGGGCCUGGCAUUGGCCUCGGUAAUUGGUAUUUGUCGAUCCGACAAGGCAACACACGAGAAAUCUGAAUCUGCUCACUGCAUUGUGACGCCGAAUUAUUUAGCCCGGCUGGCACGCGUGGCCGACGAGCGGUUUGCGGUCAACCGGACACGGACGGAGCGGUUCCAGGCCGCUUUGGUGGAGGCAAUUCAGAAAGAGGAAAGAGAAGAGUUGGCCGCGAGGACAGGAACGGCGGCAUUAAAAAAGAGGGAUGAGAACUGGGAAGACGCAGAGACACGGCGGCUACGCAAAAAGGAAGAAGGACUGCGGCGACAGGCUGCCCUGAAAGAGCAGGAGGCAGAAUCGGCGCAAACAGACGGGCAAACAGACGGUACGGAAGACUCAUUAGGAGAGGACUCCUAUGAUAGCACCGUCCUAACUUGA